CGGUGAAUAUUCUGCCAUCUGAUGGAUAAAUUAUCCGAUAGAUUGUUGGAACACAUUUUUUUUUGCAAUCAAAUUGUUUUGUUUUUUUUCUUAUUCAAUUGAAUAAUGGAUCCGAAUCAAAAUCUGCAGCAAAUGUUUGUCAUCGAUAGUCCAGCGAAAAUUGUUAAUUUACAAAAUUUUUAUAAAUGUUGUGGUGGACUUAAUCAGAUUGGUCAAACAUUUAAAAAUGAACGUGAACGUCUUCGUUUUCGUUUUCGUCCAGAUGAUCCAAAUUCGAUACCAUUAUUUUCGGAUCGUAAACAAUCGAAAGAUUUAGUAUUGAAAGUUCGACGUAAACGUAGACCUGAUGGUACAUUCACUGAUUAUCAAUUCGAACCAUUUGGUAUUGUGAAUACAACAUUUCAUUUUGAAAAUUCGAUUUGUGACAUGCAAUUGUUACCCACUUCAAGUGAUCUGCGCAAUGAAUUCAUGAAAUCGGAUUUCAUUCUAAAUUGUGAUCCAGAUUUAUCCAUUAAAAAUGAUGAAAGUAUCACGAUGAUUAAACAAUAUUUUUAUUCACGUUUUUUUCAACCUAAACAAUUGAUUUCAAUGAUGCGUAAAGAUGUUGAAAAAGAUGACCAACAUCAAGAUUUAAUCCGUAGACUUCGUAAAUCACGUAAAGUGAAUUUCACCGUUGUACGAUGGGAUGAUGAAUCGGUACCACAGUCAUUACAAGAAGAAUAUCGAAAGGAUUUUGAUAAAAAUUUACUGCGUUCAGAAUUGGCACCUAAAGUUAAGGAAAAAUUCCAGGAAAGACCUUGUUGGUCAAGAUAUGGCUUGAUUUGUCAUCUGAAAUGUUCAUCACUGUUAUUACGAUAUGUUCUGCCUUAUACAACUUAUUAUUUUGAAAACGGGCCCUUUCGUGCCCUAUGGAUUCCAUAUGGCUAUGAUCCACGAAAAGAUCCAAAAGCGAAAAUUUAUCAAACAAUUGAAGCACGCGCUAAUCGUAAAAGUGAUAAUACAAUACACGCUAUCAAUCAAAUACCUAUGAAUCAAAAAGGACCAAUAUUCAAAGAUAAUACAAAUUCAUUUCUUGAUAAAUUUGGUACAAAGUCUUCUGCGGACAACAACAACGAUGAUAAUAACAUUGAUCCGAGUUAUUUAUUUCGUCCCGGACAAUUAUCAACAUUGAAACGUACCACAUUUCAAUUGUGUGAUGUAGAAAUUGAUGAAGUACAACAAAUUAUACAUGAAAAUGAUGGUCAAGAAUAUGAAUGUACCGAAAAAGAUGGAUGGCUAUCGAAAGGUUCUGUAGAUCGUAUUCGUGCUAUUAUGAAUCGUGAAUUGAAUCUUAUUAUAAAUGAUACAGAGUUAUUGAAUGAACAUCAUGUACCAACACUGGAUAUUGUGGAUGUUUUGCCUGAAAAUAUUGAAAUUAGUGAAGUUUAUGAUGAUGGUUUAGAGAUUUAUCAUCGUUGAAAAAUUCAACUCUUUGUGUUUACAACAAUUAAUCAAUUAUUAUCGUGAAAUCACAAGACACAAUACAAGUAAGUGAUCAACAGAAAAAACAUAUUAAUCAAAUGGUCAAAAAAACAACAACAACCAAAUGUUGUAUCUUCAUUUCCAUCCAUCUCUAAACUCAAGUUCUUCUUCUUCUUCGACAAUAAUUAAUUUUUACCGCUGAAAACAUGUUUUUUUCUUGCUUUACUCUAAUGAUCAACGAAAUAAAAUCUUGUCAUUUUUAAUCAUUAUCA